GUGUUAAUUCAGGCGGUAAUAUGACGUAAAAUUUAUUUCUAUCCGCAUAUCAUACUGGAGAUUCCAAAAUGGCCGGGUUGGUCGGACGUUCGGCGAAACAAGCACUUUUAAAAGUGUCUAGCACUGCACAGAAACAAAAUGUCAGACUAUUUUCAUUAAAAAAGCCGUCUGCUAAAAAUGUGGCAUUGGCAACAGUAGGAGCUGCCGCAGUUGGCGGUCUAGGUUUCGCUGUGGCCUUGAACUCAUCUGUUAAUGCAGCUGAACUUGAGCUCCAUCCACCACACUAUCCAUGGGCACACAAUGGUUGGUGGACAGCUUUGGAUAAGGCCUCAAUGCGAAGGGGAUACGAGGUUUACAAACAAGUGUGUGCUGCAUGUCACAGUUUGGAAUAUGUUUCCUAUAGAGAAAUGGUUGGUGUAAUUUUCACUGAAGCUGAGGCGAAGAAAGAGGCAGCAGAGGCAAUGAUCCAGGAUGGACCAGAUGCCAAUGGUAACAUGUUUGAGAGACCUGGUAAAUUAGCCGACCAUCUACCAAGUCCAUACCCCAAUACCCAGGCAGCCAUGGCAGCUAACAAUGGUGCAGAACCACCAGAUCUUUCCUACAUAGUUCGAGCCAGACAUGGAGAAGGGGACUAUAUAUACUCCCUACUGACUGGCUACAAGGAUGCUCCUGCUGGAAUAGAAUUAGGCGAGGGUCAACAUUACAACCCAUACUUCCCAGGUGGCGCCAUCAGUAUGGCUCAAGCUCUUUAUAAUGAAAUCAUAGAAUACACAGAUGGAACCCCAGCCACUCAAAGUCAGCUGGCUAAGGACGUAACAACAUUUUUGACUUGGACCGCCGAACCUGAGCAUGAUAUAAGAAAGCUUCAAAGUAUAAAGGUUAUAAUAGUUAGUGCGCUGCUAUUCGCAGUGAUUUAUUACUACAAGAGACAUAAAUGGUCGUACCUCAAGACUAGAAAGGUCGUUCUCAAGGACAAGCCAGACUUUACCUUGAAAAAGUAAUAUUUGUACUGCCUGUUAAAGACUGUUAAAAUAUUUAUAAACAUUUCUUGAUUUUACACAGAAAUGCAUGAAUGUAAAUCAUUAUUUUGAAAUGUUCGGACAAAAAAAUCUUUAAUGUACGAGUAUCUCUAUGGUAGAGGUGGGAUUGUACAUUGUUUUUAUGUAAGUUCGGUUUAGAAAUCUUAUGUGAUAAUAAAAUGAUGAAAACUA